AUGGGUGCGUGGGCCGUGGAUGGAUUUCAUGUCUGUGUGGCUGAUAGGACUAGGAGCCCCAGGGCGGUGGGGCAGCCAGGCAGCUCGAUGGGGCUGAAGGACACAGUGUCCUGGUUCAGAGGGGUAUAUAGGCAGGGGUUGCUGGCCACUCUCCGGACCGGCUCCCGGUGAGGGCAUGAAGAGCUGGUUGAGAGGAGGCAAGAGAGCCAGGCUGUUACAUCUCAUACAGGGUACUGGUGAGUUAUUGUCCUGAAGAGGAUUUUUUCAAAUGAGUCUGGUUUUUACUUAAGGGCAUUGUCUAGUUGGUGUACAAGUUUGGAUUGUUGUUUAAUUGUUUCAUGAUUGAUUACAAAGACUGCAUUUUCUUUAGAUAUCAUCAAUCUACUCACUUCCAAGUGGUGGAUUCUCUGCAGUUCAAGUGAGGGGCAGACUCCGUUUUUAAAUGGUAGAGCAGAGAAGUGUUCAGAAUCUGACAAAUAUUCUCACUGUGUGCCAAGUAAAAUAUUAAAAUAUGUUUGAUCUGAGAACCAUUCCACACACAUCUCUGCUCCAGAGUUGACAGUGUUGAUUAUUAUUGACCAGGGACGCUGUUAAUUGGGUCACACAAAGGGUCAUCCAUGUUGGGCAGUAGAUUGGACAUUGAUCCAUCGUGUGGUUUGGUCAGAGCAAAGCAGACUGGAGGAAAACAGGUCAAUGGUCCUCUAAUCUGAGAGACUAUUCAUUUCCUCUCCUCUCUGUCCUCUCUGCCCCUGAUCUCCUAAUCCCAAUCCCUGUGUAAUUAAAACGGAGGAUCACAUGAAAAACCUUGUUGGGAUGACUUGGAAAACCUUGUUGGGAUUACUUGGAAAAACUUGUUGGGAGAACACUGAUACUAUCUCUUAGAAGAACCUUGCAAUGCCUUGCUCUGAACUCUGAGAUCUGAGUGUUAGUAUAUGUGUGUACUUUUGUUUUUAUUUUCAGUAAAGACAUUUCAACUCUCUACAUGAUGCAACUGCAGCCAGAUCAGUUAAUCUCAUCUGCUUCAGUAACAGUGCAUUGUUAGACCCACUGAAUGGGAAGAUAUCAGAAUCAGUUAAACUAAGUGCAGCUGGACAAAUAAACAACAUUAGGCUGUGAGUGCUGCUGGAGUGGAAUGGCCAGACGGAAUAGAUCCCUGCCCAUACCAACAUUAUUUCUGGACAUUGCUGAAACAAUUCUUUCCACGCACCACUCUGAAUACAACUCAAUCACCCUGUGGGCUACUCCAGUGGACAGCCAUGUUGCUUGCUCAGGCAUCCAACAGCCAUGUCAUUUCCUAUGUCUGGAUCCAUACGUCUGUGUGUGUCACUACUCACUCAUAGUUCUUUUAAUUUGAGUUUAUUUAAUCAUUUCAUGAUUUUUUAAUUUUUGUUUUGUUUUUCUUUCAACCCUUUCGUACUGGUCUGUUCUACAAAAACGCCAUCACGCAACGCUAUCCUGUUGUCACGCCAACCUACCUUUCCACUCCAUCCAUCACCAUUCCCCAUGCUUUGUUCUGAUUGGUCCUUCCAAUUCUUACUUCCCUGUUGGCCCUGCUCCUUGCCCCACCACUUUCCACUCCAAAUGCACGUUCCUUCCUGGUUGGAGAUGGCAGAGUGCACUGUAGCCCCAGUAGCAAUGGAGGACAGUGACCAUGAGGCUCACUCAUCAUCAGAUGACCUGGACUCCCCACCGCCAUCCCCUGGCCACACCAGGGACCACCACCAUGAGGCCGAACAGGUACCAGUGACCAGACCAGAUCUGGGUCAGACCAGAUCUGGGUCAAAGAAUAUGCCAAAUACUUUCCAAAUAUUUGAGCUGCUGUGCUCGAUUUAGUUGGACUGACACAAUGAAUGGAACAAAUGGAAUAGUCCAAAAAGUUCCAAAUUCCAAGCUAUAUGAAGUGCACAUCAAAUACUUUUAAGUAUUUGACAUAUUUGUAUAGGUCUCCCCCCAAGCCCAAUCCCCUGCUGAGUCUCACACACAACACAGUGACGUUGUUGUGGCAGGAGGAUUCAUACUGCUGCGCUCCAUAUGUACAGUGUAACCACAAUCAACCCUCUGUUGGCAUGCAGGGAUAAUCUCCUAUUAUCCUGAGAACCAUGUGGAAGGACAAUCUAAGAUUCAUACAUACCAAGGACUGGCAACAAUGUACUUGAAAAUGUUAAGUUAAUUGUCCACAUGCUUUAGACCCCUUUGUAGUUCAUUUACAUUUACAUUUUAGUCAUUUAGCAGACGCUCUUAUCCAGAGCGACUUACAGUUAGUGAGUGCAUACAUUUUUCAUACUGGCCCCCCGUGGGGAAUCGAACCCACAACCCUGGCGUUGCAAGCGCCAUGCUCUACCAACUGAGCUACAGGAGGCCUGUUUACUUUCUAGUUUACUAGUUCCUGUUGGAACCAGUUAGAAGUUCAGAGUUGUUUACUACUGAUCCAAAGAAAGGCUUGUUGUGUGUCUGUUCACAGAGCUGAAACCUGGAAGAACAGCAAGGUAUCAUGACUGUGUCUGCUCUAUUGAGGAGAGAUAUGGACCGAUAACGCCAGUUUACUCUCAUUGCUAUGGUUUCCCUAGAGCUAAGUCGCUCUGGAUAAGAGCGUCUGCUAAAAGACUAAAAUGUAAAUGUAAAAUAGCCUCCUAGCCCUCUCAAUACCACUGUAAUAUUCAUAGUGGAGCAGGCUGGGGAUUCUUUGCACAAACUGGGGUACGGAGGGCAUGCAUGGCUAUGGUAACUUCAGCAUCAGCCCUAAGGACAUGAGCACCAAUCUGCAUCUCAAAUGGCAUCCUAUUCUUAAUAUAGUGUACUGCUUUUGACCAGGGCCCAUGGGGAAUAGGGUGCCAUUUGGGAUGGAACACUAGUCUCUAGUCUGAGAACUGCAGGGAGGGAUAUCCCUUUACAGGUCUAGCUACACAAAAGGGCUCUGCCUUUGUUGGUCUCAUGAAUUGUAGGUGUUGUCAUCAGGUAAGGCACAGUGAGGGAAAAAAGUAUUUUAUCCCCUGCUGAUUUUGUACGUUUGCCCACUGACAAAGAAAUGAUCAGUCUAUAAUUUUAAUGGUAUAUUUAUUUGAACAGUGAGAGACAGAAUAACAACAAAAAAAUCCAGAAAAACGCAUGUCAAAAAUGUUAUAAAUUGAUUUGCAUUUUAAUGAGGGAAAUAAGUUUUUGACCCCCUCUCAAUCAGAAAGAUUUCUGGCUCCCAGGUGUCUUUUAUACAGGUAACGAGUUGAGAUUAGGAGCACACUCUUAAAGGGAGUGCUCCUAAUUUCAGCUUGUUACCUGUAUAAAAGACACCUGUCCACAGAAGCAAUCAAUCAAUCAGAUUCCAAACUUUCCACCAUGGCUAAGACCAAAGAGCUCUCCAAGGAUGUCAGGGACAAGAUUGUAGACCUACACAAGGCUGGAAUGGGCUACAAGACCAUCGCCAAGCAGCUUGGUGAGAAGGUGACAACAGUUGGUGCAAUUAUUCGCAAAUGGAAGAAACACAAAAUAACUGUCAAUCUCCCUCAGCCUGGGGCUCCAUGCAAGAUCUCACCUCGUGGAGUUGCAAUGAUCAUGAGAACGGUGAAGAAUCAGCCCAGAACUACACGGGAGGAUCUUGUCAAUGAUCUCAAGGCAGCUGGGACCAUAAUCACCAAGAAAAUAAUUGGUAACACACUACGCCGUGAAGGACUGAAAUCAUGCAGCGCCCGCAAGGUCCCCCUGCUCAAGAAAGCACAUAUACAGGCCCGCCUGAAGUUUUCUAAUGAACAUCUGAAUGAUUCAGAGGAGAACUGGGUGAAAGUGUUGUGGUCAGAUGAGACCAAAAUGCUCUUUGGCAUCAACUCAACUCGCCAUGUUUGGAGGAGGAGGAAUGCUGCCUAUGACCCCAAGAACACCAUCCCCACCGUCAAACAUGGAGAUGGAAACAUUAUGCUUUGGGGGUAUUUUUCUGCUAAGGGGACAGGACAACUUCACCGCAUCAAAGGGACGAUGGACGGGGCCAUGUACCGUCAAAUCUUCCCUCCUGAGAUGUGUGCAAACCUGGUGGCCAACUACAAGAAACGUCUGACCUCUGUGAUUGCCAACAAGGGUUUUGCCACCAAGUACUAAGUCAUGUUUUGUAGAGGGGUCAAAUACUUAUUUCCCUCAUUAAAAUGCAAAUCAAUUUAUAACAUUUUUGACAUACGUUUUUCUGGAUUUUUUUGUUAUUCUGUCUCUCACUGUUCAAAUAAACCUACCAUUAAAAUUAUAGACUGAUCAUGUCUUUGUCAGUGGGCAAACGUACAAAAUCAGCAGGGGAUCAAAUCCUUUUUUCCCUCACUGUAGAUGGUUUACUCUUGUGGUUCGGGAAAAGGCAGAGAAGGGACAAAAAUAAAAUAGCAUGUAGUUGUGAUUGACAGGUUAAGGUAGAUUUGAAAAUGAGAGUGCUGUUACUAAUCACCACAAAUUGAUCAGUCAUUGUGUAAAUGACAUUUGAGUUGACAUGUUUAAAACCAAUAGGUUUUAAUCAAGUUUCCUCUGUCUACCAGUAUGUGUUGAGAGUGACACACCCAUAUGAAUAGAUCAAAUCAAAUGUAUUGGUCACAUACACAUGGUUAGCAGAUGUUAUUGCGAGUGUAGCGAAAUGCUUGUGCUUCUAGUUCCGACAGUGCAGUAAUAUCUAGCAAGUAAUAUCUAACAGUUCCACAACAAAUAUCUAAUAAACACAUCUAAGUUAAGGAAUGGAAUAAGAAUAUAUAAAUAUAUGGAUGAGCAAUGUCAUUGUCAGAGCGGCAUAGGCUAAGAUGCAAUAGAUAGUAUAGAAUACAGUCAUUAACUUGUUUUUCAACCACUCCACAAAUUUCUUGUUAACAAACUAUAGUUUUGGCAAGUCGGUUAGGACAUCUACUUUGUGCAUGACACAAGUAAUUUUUACAACAAUUGUUUACAGACAGAUUAUUUCACUUAUAAUUCACUGUGUCACAAUUCCAGUGGGUCAGAAGAUUACAUACACUAAGUUAACUGUGCCUUUAAACAGCUUGGAAAAUUCCAGAAAAUGAUGUAGAUCUCCACAAGUCUGGUUCAUCCUUGGGAGAAAUGUCCAAACGCCUGAUGUUUGAUGUCAUGUUUGAGUCCUUAUUGAUGUCAUAACAAAGUGUGUGUUCAUGAAUGUUUGUGUUUGAAGCUGUAUGACACCAUAUACAGCAGCAAUUCAUUUGAGUAGUCAUCUAGUAAUCAAGAGGGUUCAUUCAUCAUUUAGAGGUCAAUUUGCUUUAGCUCUACUCUAUCAACUCAAAUCAUAUUUUGUUGUGGAGAGAGAAGCGCACACAAAUGCGACCCAGAUGUGGUGUCAUGGCAUUUUUCUAUUAUCUGUGCAGUCUGGAGUCAUCUGUGCAAUCUGGCAGUGUCUCCUGUCCUUCUGGUGUGGUGUAACUUCUGAUGUAACCUAUUAAACAGUUUCCUCCACUCUUUAUCAUCCACGUGGCUACAGUACCGUACCUUCUAUUGAAUUGUGAUGUCCCAGCUUGCAUCCCAAAUGGCACCCUAUUCCCUAUAUAGUGCAUUACUUUUGACCAGGGCCCAUAGGGAAUAGGGUGCCACCCAGACUCCAGAGUCUACCAUACCAAGGCUGAAUCUGCUGAGCAGGGAUAAUCUUUUGAGCCAGCAGCCACGGCACUACACUUUUAAACAAGAUAUAUCCUCCCAUUUCCUGGAAGUUCAGGAUGGUCAUUUCAAUUACAGUGGGGAAAAAAAGUAUUUAGUCAGCCACCAAUUGUGCAAGUUCUCCCACUUAAAAAGAUGACAGAGGCCUGUAAUUAUCAUCAUAGGUACACGUCAACUAUGACAGACAAAAUGAGGGAAAGAAAUCCAGAAAAUCACAUUGUAGGAUUUUUUAUGAAUUUAUUUGCAAAUUAUGGUGGAAAAUAAGUAUUUGGUCAAUAACAAAAGUUUCUCAAUACUUUGUUAUAUACCCUUUGUUGGCAAUGACACAGGUCAAACGUUUUCUGUAAGUCUUCACAAGGUUUUCACACACUGUUGCUGGUGUUUUGGCCCAUUCCUCCAUGCAGAUCUCCUCUAGAGCAGUGAUGUUUUGGGGCUGUCGCUGGGCAACACAGACUUUCAACUCCCUCCAAAGAUUUUCUAUGGGGUUGAGAUCUGGAGACUGGCUAGGCCACUCCAGGACCUUGAAAUGCUUCUUACGAAGCCACUCCUUCGUUGCCCGGGCGGUGUGUUUGGGAUCAUUGUCAUGCUGAAAGACCCAGCCACGUUUCAUCUUCAAUGCCCUUGAUGAUGGAAGGAGGUUUUCACUCAAAAUCUCACGAUACAUGGCCCCAUUCAUUCUUUCCUUUACACGGAUCAGUCGUCCUGGUCCCUUUGCAGAAAAACAGCCCCAAAGCAUGAUGUUUUCACCCCCAUGCUUCACAGUAGGUAUGGUGUUCUUUGGAUGCAACUCAGCAUUCUUUGUCCUCCAAACACGACGAGUUGAGUUUUUACCAAAAAGUUAAAUUUUGGUUUCAUCUGACCAUAUGACAUUCUCCCAAUCCUCUUCUGGAUCAUCCAAAUGCACUCUAGCAAACUUCAGACGGGCCUGGACAUGUACUGGCUUAAGCAGGGGGACACGUCUGGCACUGCAGGAUUUGAGUCCCUGGCAGCGUAGUGUGUUACUGAUGGUAGGCUUUGUUACUUUGGUCCCAGCUCUCUGCAGGUCAUUCACUAGGUCCCCCCGUGUGGUUCUGGGAUUUUUGCUCACCGUUCUUGUGAUCAUUUUGACCCCAUGGGGUGAGAUCUUGCGUGGAGCCCCAGAUCGAGGGAGAUUAUCAUUGGUCUUGUAUGUCUUCCAUUUCCUAAUAAUUGCUCCCACAGUUGAUUUCUUCAAACCAAGCUGCUUACCUAUUGCAGAUUCAGUCUUCCCAGCCUGGUGCAGGUCUACAAUUUUGUUUCUGGUGUCCUUUGACAGCUCUUUGGUCUUGGCCAUAGUGGAGUUUGGAGUGUGACUGUUUGAGGUUGUGGACAGGUGUCUUUUAUACUGAUAACAAGUUCAAACAGGUGCCAUUAAUACAGGUAAUGAGUGGAGGACAGAGGAGCCUCUUAAAGAAGAAGUUACAGGUCUGUGAGAGCCAGAAAUCUUGCUUGUUUGUAGGUGACCAAAUACUUAUUUUCCACCAUAAUUUGUAAAUAAAUUCAUGAAAAAUCCUACAAUGUGAUUUUCUGGAGAAAAAAAUUCUCAAGUUGUCUGUCAUAGUUGACGUGUACCUAUGAUGAAAAUUACAGGCCUCAUCUUUUUAAGUGGGAGAACUUGCACAAUUGGUGGCUGACUAAAUACUUUUUUUCCCCCACUGUAUGUAGUUCUGUCCUUGAGCUGUUCUUGUCUAUUAAUGUUCUGUAUUAUGUCGUGUUUUGUGUGGACCCCAGGAAAUGUAGCUGCUGCUUCAGCAACAGCUAAUGGGGAUCCUAAUAAAAUACUAAUACUCAAAUGAUGAUGAGUUAUCUACUCUAGCGGAGGACCCUUUAACAUAUAGGUUAUAUUUUUGGCACUCUAUAGUAUUGAACAGAGUGAGUGUGUUCUCUUGCAUCAGAAUCGGAGGCUGUGGUUGUUAUUAGUUUAACGGCCAUCACAGAUCUCUUCUUCCUCUGCAUUUGAUAUCGGCAUUCCUCCCAUCAGCACAAAUAUUUACCCUCCCCUCUUACAUUGUUAACCUUGUAGCUUCUCUGGUGGUCUCUCUAGUGAAUCAGUCAGUCAAUAUCUUGUUUCCUCGCUGUUUCUUCGAGUGAAUCUUCUCUAACCCCUAGAGAACUAGGCCUACCUUGCACUUAUACUAAUUAUUUCUUAGGUUGUUUCUCUCCAUCAACACAUUCAGUGUCUAUAACCACUCUGCAUUUUCUUCUUUCUUUCCUGUUGAUUCUUAUGUUGCCCCUGUUACCUUCGCUCCUUGUUUUCCUUCCGAUAUAUAUUAACCUCCCUCCUGCUCCAACCUUUACUCCCGUCCGUCCACUCUUCUCCGCAUCACCUCUCCCACCCGCCCGGAAAACACCCCCCCGUACCGUUCCCUCCCCCCCCCCCCCCCCCCCCCCCCCCCCUGCCCUUAGCACUCAAGCCAUUCCAAGGAUGACUCUGAAGACUCUGAGUUGGAGAACAUCAUGCAACAAGACCCCCACCACAACGGGGGCCACCCACACCCCCACCAGCCUCCGCCCGGCUAUGAGCACAGCCCCGACCCGGUGGACAGGGAGGCGGAGGGGGGCGACAGCCCCCCCAACACCCCCGGGAUGCCCACCUCUGGGACCCCCACCUUUUUGCGCCCCCCCACGGCGGGUGGCAGGGCCCAGUCAGACAACCAGGGCAUAGGGAGGCUGCAGCUGGGUGGAGGUGGGAUGGUGGAUCACUAUGACAUGCAGUCUCCCCUCAGGCCCAAGAGCCCCUGGGGCCGCUUUGACCCCUAUGACUUUCCACAGGUAAACUUCAGGCCAGGGGGACCGUGUAGGGUGUAGAGACCAGAGGCAACACUAUGGGCAACAUGGGUUGGGUUAUCACCUCUCUUGUCCAAAGAGUCUGUGCUUUAGCCUCAGAGCAGCACUAGCAGCAGGUUCAGGCCAUUUCCAGUGAUGUUUACUUGGGAACUUUGGUUGUGUGUCUGGCCGAUGACUCAGUUUGUGGCUUUCGCUUUGAAACUGAUGUUGGUCAAAGAUGGUAGUGUGUUCUGAUGUGUUGACAAUGGCUUCAUUCAAUAUCCUACAUCUGUUGAAAUGGCUUUAGGUUUGAAAGACGUAUUUACAGUUGAAGUCGGAAGUUUAGAUACACUUAGGUUGGAGUCAUUAAAACUAGUUUUUGAACCACUCCACACAUUUCUUGUUAACAAACUAUAGUUAUGGCAGGUCGGUUAGGACAUCUACUUUGUGCAUAACACAAGUAAUUUUUCCAACAAUUGUUUACAGACAGAUUACUUCACUUAUAAUUCACUGUAUCACAAUUCCAGUGGGUCAGAAGUUUACAUAUACUAAGUUGACUGUGCCUUUAAACAGCUUGGAAAAUUCCAGAAAAUGAUGUCAUGGCUUUAGAAGCUUCUGAUAGGCUAAUUGACAUCAUUUGAGUCAAUUGGAGGUGUACCUGUGGAUGUAUUUCAAGGCCUACCUUCCAACUCAGUGCCUCUUUGCUUGACAUCAUGGGAAAAUCAAAAGAAAUCAGCCAAGACCUCAGAAAACAUUGUAGACCUCCAAGUCUGGUUCAUCCUUGGUAGCAAUUUCCAAAUGCCUGAAGGUACCACGGUCAUCUGUACAAACAAUAGUACGCAAGUAUAAACACCAUGGGACCACGCAGCCGUCAUACCGCUCAGGAAGGAGACACAUUCUGUCUCCUAGAGAUGAACGUACUUUGGUGCGAAAAGUGCAAAUCAAUCCCAGAACAACAGCAAAGGACCUUGUGAAGAUGCUGGAGGAAACAGGUACAACAGUAUAUACAUCCACAGUAAAACAAGUCCUAUAUCGACAUAACCUGAAAGGCCUCUCAGCAAGGAAGAAGCCACUGCUCCAAAACUGCCAUAAAAAAGCCAGACUACCGUUUGCAACUGCACAUGGGGACAAAGAUUGUACUUUUUGGAGAAAUGUCCUCUGGUCUGAUGAAACAAAAAUAUAACUGUUUGGUCAUAAUGACCAUCGUUAUGUUUGGAGGAAAAAGGGGGGUGCUUCCAAGCAGAAGAACACCAUCCCAACCGUGAAGCACGGGGUGGAAGCAUCAUGCUGUGGGGGUGCUUUGCUGCAGUAGGGACUGGUGCACUUCACAAAAUAGAUGGCAUCAUGAGGAAGGACAAUUAUGUGGAUAUAUUGAAGCAACAUCUCAAGACAUCAGUCAGGAAGUUAAAGUUUGGUCGCAAAUGGGUCUUCCAAAUGGACAAUGACCCCAAGCAUACUUCCAAAGUUGUGGCAAAAUGGCUUAAGGACAACAAAGUCAAGGUAUUGGAGUGGCCAUCACAAGCCCUGACCUCAAUCCUAUAGAACAUUUGUGGGCAGAACUGAAAAAGCGUGUGCGAGCAAGGAGGCAUACAAACCUGACUCAGUUACACCAGCUCUGUCAGGAGGAAUGGGCCAAAAUUCACCCAACUUAUUGUGGGAAGCUUGUGGAAGGCUACCCGAAACGUUUGACCCAAGUUAAACAAUUUAAAGGCAAUGCUACCGAAUACUAAUUGAGUGUAUGUAAACUUCUGACCCACUGGGAAUGUGAUGAAAUAAAUAAAAGCUGAAAUAAAUAAUUAUCUCUACUAUUAUUCUGACAUUUCACAUUCUUAAAAUAAAGUGGUGAUCCUAACUGACCUAAGACAGGGAAUUUUUAAUGUCAGGAAUUGUGAAAAACUGAGUUUAAAUGUAUUUGGCUAAGGUGUAUGUAAACUUCCGACUUCAACUGUAUGUGUGGGAGGUGUUACCUUUUUAUUGGGAAUUAUUUACUGUAACUCGCAGAUGUUCCGCCACCAGAAUUCAGCAAUGUGUUUAAAAUGGCGUCUCUGUGUUUCUCCUGCUUUCUCAGGACCAAGACAAGGAAUACGUGGGCUUUGCCACACUGCCAAACCAGGUGCACCGUAAGUCUGUCAAGAAGGGCUUUGACUUCACCCUGAUGGUAGCAGGGGAGUCUGGUCUGGGGAAGUCCACCCUGGUCAACAGCCUCUUCCUCACAGACCUCUACAAGGACAGGAAGCUACUCAAUGCUGAGGGUGAGGCGGCCAUUUUUGUGUCUCAUCUUCUGAAUAAAUUAAUUAAUGAAUUAAUUAUAUAAAUGGCCAGCUGCUGAGGAAAUGUGUGUGUUUUAACCCCAGAGCGGAUAACUCAGACAGUGGAGAUAACUAAACACACAGUGGACAUUGAGGAGAAGGGCGUCAAGCUGAAGCUCACCAUCGUAGACACCCCUGGCUUUGGAGACGCUGUCAAUAACACUGAAUGGUAUAUGUCAAACAUCCUUCAUAGGACUCUUCUUUGAUGUCAGGAAAACACAUGAAAUGACUAAACUCUUAUGAUCCUAAGGCAGAGCUGAGUAAGUUCAAGGUAUUGAGUUGAUCUUAACCUUUGGAUAUAAGAGGUAGUCUUCAAUACAGUAGUCAUGAUUUUUAUGAUAACAGCCCAGGUAUAAUGCCUUCGUCAAAUUUUUAUUGCAAUUAGGCUUUGUAUUGUUGCAUGAAGCAGUUUGAGGUACAGUUGCAGUAUAGCUCAGUAUACCUGUACACAGCCCAUCUGAAAUUAGCCCACCCAACUACCUCAUCCCUAUAUUGUUAUUUAUUUUUGCUCAUUUGCACCCCAGUAUCUGUAUUUGCAUAUCAUCUCUUGCACAUCUAUCAUUCCAGUGUUAAUACUAAUUGUAAUUAUUUUGCACUAGUCUAUUUAUUGCCUUACCUCCAUAACUUGCUACAUUUGCACACACUGUAUAUAUAUUUUCUGUUGUAUUUUUGACUUUAUGUUUUGUUUUACCCCAUAUGUAACUCUGUGUUGUUGUUUUUAUCGCACUGCUUUGCUUUAUCUUGGCCAGGUCGCAGUUGUAAAUGAGAACUUGUUCUCAACUGGCUUACCUGGUGAAAUAAAGGUGAAAUAAAAUAAAUAAAUACAAAUACAGUAGGGGAAUGACUGUCUGCCUUGCCUCAGUACUGAUGUCUCUGUGUCUCCCCCACCGCCCUAGCUGGAAGUCAGUGGGUUAGGGUUGGUAUGGUUAGUUGUAGGGUGGCUGUCUCUGCAGUAUUGCCUCAGUGCUGGUGUGUCUCUGUGUCUCCCCCACCGCCCUAGCUGGAAGUCAGUGGCGGACUACAUCGACCAGCAGUUUGAGCAGUACUUCAGGGACGAGAGUGGACUGAACAGGAAGAACAUCCAGGAUAACAGAGUCCACUGCUGCCUCUACUUCAUCUCUCCCUUCGGACACGGGUACGUCAGCUACGACAUGUAAUCUCUGUCUCAAUACUCUUUAAAUGGAAUCCUUUCUUCUAUGGAGAUAGACAGACAUAUUGGCUGUCUCAAUACUCUUAGAAUAGUUUCUUUUCCCCUUCUACCUUCCUUCCUUCACUACCACCGAGAGGGUUUCCACUAUGCACCAUGUUGGUUUGCACCAUGUUCCAUGCAUUCUAAAUGCAUUGGGUUUCCCUGGAAUCUAGAACUACCCUGCUCUGCUGCCUCCAGGGAAAUCUGCAUCUGGUGAAGUGCUAAACGUUCUAUCCAUUUUGCGGGGCAGAUGCUGCAGAACUAAACUUUCUGUACAAUCGUUGGGGUAAAUGCUGAUGCGGUACUUUUGUCUGAGUUUACGGUCUGUUUCACGCCGCUGUGUUCAUUGAAAGGAGAAAUCUUGAGCACCGUCAUUAGCGCUGAAGCACUGCUGCAAACCUGUAAUGAGAAGAUAACUCCCUCUGCUGACCAAUAUUAGAUACUACUACUAUCCUUGAAAAUAUGGUUUUAUGAAGAUUACCUUAAUUUGGAUUACCAUAAUGAUCCCUUUAUCUCUUAACCAUAUCCAAGUUUUGUCAGUGUUGUUGUCUAUGCCCAUGUUUCCACAUAUACAAUGUGUUUUGGUUGUUUUCUCAGUGUUGACUUGUUGUCCUUAAUUGUAAGUUGCUCUGGUCAUUUAGUCUGCAAAAUUACUAAAAAUGUAUGUCAUGUCUUGUAUCUGUCUCAGUCUGAGGCCUCUGGAUGUGGAGUUUAUGAAGGCCCUUCAUGAGAAGGUCAACAUUGUGCCAAUCCUGGCAAAGGCAGAUACACUCACACCCACCGAGGUCAAGAAAAAGAAAUUCAAGGCAAGCCACACUCUAACUCGCUUUUCCAUCUGUGUCUGCUUGUCUGAAUACCAUGGCUCUGUACAAAUAAGAAAUGGACAGGGGACAUUGGUGUCAGCAAAUUUCUAAAACAUUUUUAUUUCCAGGUGACCGUUUUGAUGGAUUUGUUUUUGCUCCUUGAUCUUCUUGUUUGUCCGUCCUCAAUCACAGGAUUCUAAACAGUAGUUUAAUGUUCUCCUCUUCCUUCCUUCCUUCCCUCCCUCCCUCCCUCCCUCCCUCCAUCCCUCCCUCCCUCCCUCCCUCCCUCCAUCUUCUUCUCUCUGUCCCUCCCUCCAUCUUCCUGUAGAUCCGAGAGGAGAUCCAGCAGUUUGGGAUUAAGAUCUACCAGUUCCCAGACUGUGACUCUGAUGAGGAUGAGGACUUCAAACAGCAGGAUCAGGAGCUCAAGGUGAACCACAUUUAUCCAAACCUCACAUCACUAGUUGAGGAAGUAUAGCAACAUAAAGGACACUGGUCAUCAUAAACAACCUGUCUGCAAUACAGAAAUGCUGGGAUAGGAAGCCCAGAUUACAGAUGAUGUCCGUAACCAUGUUAUUAUUGAGCACACAGCCUUGAAAAGUCAUCUGUUUGUGAAUCCUAUUGAUCUCUGUGUGCACCGGUGCAUUAGAGGGCAGGCUGUGGCUGUGCAGCCAGGACAGGCCAGAAUGGUGUCUCAGCCUCUCCCCCUCAUAGAGCCGUGUCUGUGACCUCAUGUGCCCUGACAGUGUGCUCUGUCCAUUCCAAGUAGGGGGAGAGAGAGAGAGAUGGAGAAAUGGGUAGAUCUGCAUUGCAGCAUUUUCCACUGACUGCAUUACCUCAUCGUAACCACAGAUAUAUUCCCCCCUCUUUGUACUUUAUUCACUUAAUUCAUAUUCACCUCUCUUGCUCUCUCUCCCUACCCCUGUCUCCCGCUUCCAGGACAGUAUACCGUUUGCAGUGAUCGGCAGCAACACAGUCGUGGAGGCCAAAGGGAAGAGGGUCCGGGGUCGUCUCUACCCCUGGGGCAUCGUGGAAGGUAACCCUGUUACACCAUUAUUAUUUAGUUAUUGUGUGUCGGGGUCUUAUUACGUUAGGGUUGAGGCUGGAGCUAGGGUUAGGAUUGAACUGGGAUGUGGACAUGAAGCUAGGGUUAUAGUUGAGGUUGAGGUUAAGGUUGAACUGAGAUGUAGACAUGAAGCUAUGGCUAGGGUUAGGGUUGGGGCUAGGGGUUAGGGAUGAAUCGGGAUGUGGACAUGAAGCUAGGGUUGAGGCUAGGGUUAGGGUUGGGGGUGAAACGGGGUGUGGACAUGAAGCUAGGGUUAGGGUUGAACCGGGAUGUGGACAUGAAGGAUUAGGUUUAGGGUUAAACCGGGAUGUGGACAUGAAGGAUUAGGUUUAGGGUUAAACCGGGAUGUGGACAUGAAGGGUUAGGUUUAGGGUUAAACCGGGAUGUGGACAUGAAGGGUUAGGUUUAGGGUUAAACCGGGAUGUGGACAUGAAGGAUUAGGUUUAGGUUUAAACCGGGAUGUGGACAUGAAAGGUUUAGGGUUAAACCGGGAUGUGGACAUGAAGGGUUAGGUUUAGGGUUAAACCGGGAUGUGGACAUGAAGGGUUAGGUUUAGGGUUAAACCGGGAUGUGGACAUGAAGGGUUAGGUUUAGGGUUAAACCGGGAUGUGGACAUGAAGGAUUAGGUUUAGGGUUAAACCGGGAUGUGGACAUGAAAGGUUUAGGGAAACACUGCCCUAACCUAACACACACUCUGUUACUCUUGACAGUGGAGAACUCUGCGCACUGUGACUUUGUGAAGCUAAGGAACAUGUUGGUGAGGACACACAUGCAGGACCUGAAGGAUGUGACACGGGAGACCCACUAUGAGAACUACAGGGCUCACUGCAUCCAGAGCAUGACCCGCAUGGUGGUGAAGGAACGCAACCGCAAGUACGGACACACACACUCACACAGACCAUGAUCUCAUACACUGUCAUGUGUUGUUUAUAGCUUGGAUCAGGUAUCUUAAUGCUGCACGUAUUGUUACUCUUAUACAAACAUAAUGUAGCUCAAGUACAAUUCACACUAACAUAUAGUCACAAACUCUAACAACAUAUACACCCACAAACUAUGAAUCAUAUUGUCUUUCUCCACUCUACUCCUGUAGUAAACUGACCAGGGAGAGUGGCACAGACUUCCCCAUCCCUGUGAUACCAAGUACCACAGACACAGAGACGGAGAAGCUGAUCCGAGAGAAAGAUGAAGAGGUACCACGACGACACUCAGACCCAACCCUAGAACCCCACUCUGACCCGGGCCUAGACCCAGGGACUGAACCUGAGGCCUCCUGA